GAUGGCAAACGUAGAAUAAAUGUCCGUCUAGUCCGGGCUGGCGGAAUCUAGGGAGGAGACAAGCCAAGGGGCGGCGAGGAGGGAGCUGCCCAUUAAAACCAGCACUGAGAGUCCUGGCUGCGGCGGCGGCGGCGGCGCGGGACGCGUCACAUCCCCUUGACCCUCCAAUCACCUCGGGCUCCCAUUUGAUUGGAAGGCGGCAAAGGCUUUAAUCUCCCCCUCGGUGCAGCUGCUUUUGAAGUGAGUUUCCUCGCCAGAGCCCCGGCUGGCCAGGCAGCGGCUCACAUCGUCGAGCGCGGCGCGGUGCAGCGCCGGGGACGCGGGCCGAGGCGGACCCCCGCGAGCAGAGCCGAGCCGAGAGGAGCCGCCGGGCACUCCCGCUGUGCGCCCCGGCUCUACGCUCCGCCGCGGGCCACCCAGGAUUAUUCGCUUGUGGCUCUAGGCGCCGGGAAGGCGCGCUGGGCGCCCGUGGCCGCCGCGCCAGCUCCUCCUCCUCCUCCUCCUGCUGCUGCUGCUGCUCCCCGGGCGAGCGCGCAGCCCCGAGCCCGCCCCGCGCCUCCCGGAGCCCAACCCCCGCUGCUCCCAUGCGCGCGGGUGGGUCAUGAGCACAGCGCCCUCGCUUUCUGCCCUAAGAAGCAGUAAGCCCGGCGGCGGCGGCGGCGGCGGCGGCGGCGCGGACCCUGCCUGGACCAGCUCGCUCUCUGGAAAUAGCUCCGGCCCCGGCCAAGGCUCGUCCCCGGCCGGCAGCACCAAGCCUUUUGUGCACGCUGUGCCCCCCUCUGACCCCCUGCGCCAGGCCAACCGCCUGCCCAUCAAGGUGCUGAAGAUGCUGACGGCACGGACUGGACAUAUUUUGCACCCUGAAUACCUACAGCCCCUGCCUUCCACGCCCGUCAGCCCCAUUGAGCUCGAUGCCAAGAAGAGCCCACUGGCGCUGCUGGCACAGACAUGCUCCCAGAUAGGGAAGCCUGACCCCUCGCCCUCCUCCAAACUCUCGUCGGUCGCCUCCAACGGGGGCGGCGCGGGUGGUGCAGGCGGCGGAGCCGGGGGCGACAAGGACGGCAAGUCGGGCCCCCUGAAGCUGAGCGACAUCGGCGUGGAGGACAAGUCGAGUUUCAAGCCGUACUCCAAGCCCGGCUCGGAUAAGAAGGAGCCGGGAGGCGGCGGCGGCGGCGGCGGCGGUGGCGGCGGUGGUGGGGGCGGCGGCGGGGGUGUUUCUGCGGAGAAGUCGGGAUUCCGGGUACCGAGCGCCACCUGCCAGCCAUUCACGCCCAGGACAGGCAGUCCCAGUUCCAGCGCCUCGGCCUGUUCACCGGGAGGCAUGCUGCCCUCGGCCGGAGGCGGCCCGGAGGGCAAGGACGACAAGAAAGACCCCGACGCGGGCGGCGGCGGCGGCGGCGGCAAGGGCGCCGGGGGCUCCUCGGCCGAAGGGGGCCCCGCGGGGCUGGCGCACGGCCGGAUUAGCUGCGGCGGCGGGAUUAACGUGGACGUGAACCAGCAUCCGGAUGGCGGUCCCGGGGGCAAGUCUUUGGGCUCGGACUGCGGCGGCUCUGCGGGCUCCAGCUCGGGCUCCGGCCCCAGCGCGCCCACCUCCUCUUCGGUGUUGGGCUCCGGGCUGGUGGCUCCGGUGUCCCCCUAUAAGCCAGGCCAGACAGUGUUCCCUCUGCCUCCCGCGGGCAUGACCUACCCCGGCAGCCUGGCCGGAGCCUACGCUGGCUACCCGCCCCAGUUCCUACCCCACGGCGUGGCGCUCGAUCCCACCAAGCCGGGCAGCCUGGUAGGGGCGCAGCUGGCAGCGGCCGCGGCUGGCUCUCUGGGCUGCAGUAAGCCGGCCGGCUCGAGCCCCCUGGCCGGGGCGUCGCCUCCGUCCGUGAUGACGGCCAGUUUGUGCCGGGACCCGUACUGCCUCAGCUACCACUGCGCGAGCCACCUGGCCGGGGCGGCGGCGGCCAGCGCUUCGUGCGCGCACGAUCCGGCUGCUGCGGCCGCAGCGCUCAAGUCCGGAUACCCGCUGGUGUACCCCACGCACCCGCUGCACGGCGUGCACUCGUCGCUCACGGCCGCCGCGGGCGCCACGCCGCCCUCUCUGGCCGGCCAUCCUCUGUACCCCUACGGUUUCAUGCUCCCCAACGACCCGCUCCCCCACAUCUGCAACUGGGUGUCGGCCAACGGGCCGUGCGACAAGCGCUUCGCCACGUCGGAAGAGCUGCUGAGCCACUUGCGGACCCAUACGGCCUUCCCGGGGACAGACAAACUGCUGUCGGGUUACCCUAGCUCGUCGUCUCUGGCCAGCGCCGCCGCGGCCGCCAUGGCUUGUCACAUGCACAUCCCCACGUCGGGCGCCCCGGGCAGCCCAGGGACCCUGGCGCUGCGCAGCCCCCACCACGCCCUGGGACUCAGCAGCCGCUACCAUCCGUACUCCAAGAGCCCGCUCCCCACACCCGGCGCUCCGGUACCCGUGCCUGCCGCCACCGGACCCUACUACUCGCCCUACGCCCUCUACGGACAGAGACUGACCACCGCCUCGGCGCUGGGCUAUCAGUGAGGGCUGUCCAGGAGGGCUACCGAGGGAGAGAAAGGAGCUGGGGGAGAGGGACGGAGGGGGGGGGAGGAAGCAGGACCGAGGCUGCUGAUGCCCCCGAGUGGGAAAAACCCGGGCCACGGAAGGAAAAUUUAAACAGACAUAGACAGACAAACAAACAAAAAAAAGUCUAUACCAUACCUAUCUAACCAACAACAGAGAGUGAGACCCGGUGGGAAAGCUCUUUCCCUCCUCCCACCUCUUACCUCCCUCCCCCAAACUUUAUAAAAGUUAAAACAAAAAUAUCAUUUGACUUUUUAUAGAUAAAGGACAAAAUAACUGAGGGUGUUCAUGUAAGGACUUCGCCGGUGGACACUGGUAUUUAUUUAUGUUAGCUCCAAGCGGACCCGUGGUUCAAAAGUGCAUUAUUUAGUUUGAGCUCUGUAGGUAAAAAGGAGGGGGGAAAAAUUAAAACUUGAGGGUAAAAAUGUGGAAGACAAACCCUCCCAUCCCUUGUAGAUUAUAAAUAAAAGCAAAACCGCCACAGAACUAGAGGUCUUCUCUUUAAUGUUACUUUAAAUUGCUAUGAUUGUAUCGUCCGUUCUUAUUUAAUGUCUGAUUGAAACAAAUUUACAUGCAUGUUUGUUGCAAAAAAAAAAAUGAAAAAGAUGAAACAAACCAAGUCACGAUUUGUCAGUUCUGAUUUCAAAUUGCAAUUAUUUUUAAGGUGUAUACCAUCAAAAGAGAAUGGGUAUUUUUUUGUAUGUAUUCUGGAAGAAAACACAAAAAAAAGGAAAAACAAUUCUAUUCCAAAACCUCAUUUGCCUUAUUUUGUUCUUUAAAAGGAACACUUAACUAUUUUUAAUUUUUAAGUCCACCCGCUGAGAAGGGGACAAGGUUUACGUCAUGUACUAAAAUAAUAGACAAUGUAUCGCUUUAAAGAUUAAAAUUCCGUAUAUUUGAUGUAUUAAAAGGUUUUACUUCUUCUUA